UAAUUAUUAAGAAGGGAGGGGCUCCGCUGGAGUGCAUGUAGAAACCGAGCAGCAGCGAAGGAAUUAGUCACAAUGUGGCACGAGGCGAGGAAACAAGAGAAAAAGAUACGAGAGGUCAUGGUCGACUUUCAGAGGCGGGCAGAAAGACGCAGGGAGCAUUAUGAUAAGCUAAAAGCAGACCCCACCUCUUACCUUCGGAUAAUCGGCAGCAAAUGUCGUUUACAUAUAGACCCAACAGGUGGAGAGAGAUACUCAUCAACAAUGAUACCGUGGCAAGGAGAUGAAGAUAAUUUAAUAUCAAGAUACGAUGUCCGCAUUCACAUGGACAUUAUACCUGAUUAUAGCAAACUACCAGAAAUUGAGUUGAGCGGAGAAGAAAAAUACGAGGAGACAAAGAUUAAUUAUGAGAGAUAUCGUUCAGUAAUAAUCAAUGAAUUUAAUAAUGUCCCUGAGUCUGAAGUAUUGUCAAAGAUUGAUGUAGACGAGUUAUAUUCUGACGUAAAACGAGCCAAAAAAGGAAACAAAAAACAGUCAAAGAACAAGAGUGCUAUAUCGUAUGACUAUGACAGUCAACAGCAAAUGGCUUCUGAUGCUAAUAAGAAGAAGAGGAUGAUAGAAGAUGAUGAUAAAGACAGCAAUGAUGAGACUGAAGAUGAAAUGGAUUUCGAUAUUGAUACCUUUUCCUCUGGACAAAUUGAUAAAUUAAAUGUGCUUGCAUUGGACUAUAAAGUUUCUCAGGGAUAUUUCUCUCGAUCUGUAAGGUCAGAGAAGAACCUACUGAUGGAGAGAAAGCAAGCCAAGAUGGCAGAACUUGAGAAGUCUAAUUUAACUGGUAAGAAGGCUAGGAAAGAGAGGAGGUUGUUCAAGGAGAUGUCACUGAGAACGCGAAUGCCCAGCCCGCCACUUUUUGUACCAAAAGACAUUUAUAAUCCAAAGAAACAGAGAGACGAUGAUGAAGAAUCCAACACAAGUUCGUCUUCUGGCUCAGUAUCUCUUGACAGUAAACCUCAGUUCAUUACAGAGUUUGGUAGUGACGUCCCUUCUCUCCCCGCCUCCUCGUCAACUCUUGAUCACGUGACCAAACCAUGCCUUCCAUUUUCCUCUUCCUCUCGUAAGAAAAGACGUAGAAGCAGCAGUAGCAGCAGCAGUAGUACUAGUAGUAGGAGUGAUUCAUCAUCUCCUCGUAGAAAGAAACGCUCGUACCACUCUUCCUCCUCACACCAUCAUGCUGGAGAUAGAGACAAAGAGAGGAGAUCAUCGCACAGUAGUAGUGGUCGGGAUCAUUCAAGAUGGCGUCGCUCUAGGAGCAGGUCAAUAGAGCGCGUGUCUGCAUUGACAAAGAGCAAAUUAGAGGCAAAAAAGCCACAGCCUAAGAAGAAGUCUCUUCCUUCAUUGCAACAGAAGCAGCAGCAAGAAAAGACAAAACUAACUCCACAAGAAAGAUUGAAGAAGAAAAUGCAGUCCCAACUUUCAAAGACAUUCAAGGAGGACAAGAAAGUGGAGAAGUACAAGGCGGAAGUUAAAGAAGUUGAGAGAAUCGAGAGAGAGGAGAAGAUGAAGCAAGAGACGCUAAAGCUAAGACGUCGUGCUGGCUAUGACGAUUUUUAUGACAGGUCAAGUCGAUACUCUCGUUCACCGAGCCCUCGUGACCGAUAUCACAGACACUAAAUAUUUUAUAUUAUUAUUAUAAUUAUUAAUUACUUUAAAUAUUCUUGUACCUGCGCAAGGCAUAUAAUUAUAAAAGAGGUUUGAACUAGCAAAUUGAA